AUGACGAUUUUACCGAAUCGAUCAUCGGAUGGCCGAAAGAAAGAUCUACGAGAUAUUCGAAAGAAUAAUAUUAUUAGGCAAAGACAGCGCGAGACAACAAGUGGAGGCGUUGGUUCGACCCGAUCGUGGAACAUUGAAAGGAUCCCAGCUGAACCCAUUGGCUCUGUUCAUCGGAAGAAAAUUACUCAAGAAAGAGAUCGGACUAGGACAAAUGCGGGAAAUGGUUCUUCACGUCGUUCACCCGUUCAUUACAAUAGCGAUGAUGAGAAAAGCUCAAAACGAUCUUUUCGAGUCAAUUCAGAGCUGGAACGAACUUUUGCCGAGACUCUUCAGCGAGAACGGGGAUUUCUGAUUCGAGAGAUUGUCGGCGAUGGGAAUUGUCUUUUCAGGGCUGUUGCUUAUCACGUCUAUGCGGAUGAAGAAAUGCAUGCAGAGGUGCGACGACUUUGUCUCAAUUAUAUGGAACAAAAUCGAGAUCACUUUUCUCAAUUUAUCACUGAAGAUUUUUCCGGAUACUUGGCAAGGAAACGAAAGCUGAAUAUUCAUGGGAAUCAUUUGGAGAUCCAGGCUUGCUCUGAGAUGUUUGCUCGGCCGGUUGAGAUCUAUGAAUACAGCAUUGACCCAUUGAAUGUCUUUCAUCCAAUUCGUGGCAGUCCGUCCUCCCAACAACACCCGCAAUCGCCAAUUCGAUUGAGCUAUCACGAUGGAUGCCAUUAUAAUGCCGUCUACGAUCCACAACGCUCAACUUUCGGUGUCGGUCUCGGUUUGCCCGGGCCGGAACCCGGCCAAGCCGAUCAGCAUUUAAUGCAAGAUGUUUUAAUGCGUUCCGAAACUGAUGCCCUUGAGAAAGUGAUGCUUGAGGAUAAACUUCGACUCACCGAUUGGCAAUUGACAGAGGAUGAAUUGACACAUCAAAUAGCUCAUUCUUCGUAUGUGGAGUCAUUGAAAACGAAACGGAAAAGCCCAACAGUGACGAGGAAGAAAAAUGGGGCUGUUGCGACGUUGGAUCGACCCCGACAGGGAAAUAUCUCUGGUUCACCGGGUCCUCAUUCUUCUUCAGCUAUGAGAAAUGAAAACGAUCUCCGACGAUCGGCAAGCCCGUCACCAGGUCCAAGUCGAAUGCCUCCAACGAAUAGUGGGCUGUAUGCGGAAUUGUUGGCUAUGGAAGCAAUGUCCGGUUUCGAGACAACAGAUCGAGCCGAGGACGAUCUAAAAAUGACGGUUUCCCCAAUUAAAAACGCUGACGAAAAAAAGAAGGAUCGCGAAAAGCACAGGAGUGCUCGCAUUCGACAAAGACAACGUGAAACAACGAAUGGAGGAGAGCGAAAGAAAAUGGUGGAUCGCGCUAGAACGAAUCCAGCAAGCGCUACCUCUCGUCUCUCUCCAGUCCACGACAACAGCGAUGAUGAGAAAAGUUUGAAAUCGCCACGCCCUAGAGUUGAUCCUGAGUUGGAAGCAGCUUUUGCCGAAGCUCUUCACCGAGAACGUGGCUUUUUGAUUCGAGAGAUCGCUGGAGAUGGAAAUUGCCUCUUCAGAGCUGUCGCUUAUCAGGUUUAUGCCGAUGAAGAAAUGCACACAGAGGAACAGAAUCGGGAUCACUUUUCCCAGUUCAUCACAGAGGAUUUUUCCGAAUAUUUGGCAAGGAAACGAGCAGAGAACGUUCAUGGGAAUCACUUGGAAAUUCAGGCAAUUUCCGAAAUGUAUGCUCGUCCUGUAGAAAUUUAUGAAUACAAUCAUGAACCGCUUAACGUCUUCCAUCCAGCAAUUAAUCCAUCGGAUGACAAUCAACAAGCUCCGCUCCGAUUGAGCUAUCAUGAUGGGUGUCAUUAUAAUGCUGUCGAAGAUCCUCGAUGUUCGACUUUUGGUGUUGGACUUGGUUUAGCAGGACCCAAACCCGGUCAAGCAGACAAACACUUAAUCCAAGAGAUUCUGAAGCGUUCUGAAAUGGAUGAUUUGGAGAGAAUGAUGCUUGAAGACAAAUUGCGAUACACUGACUUGCAACGCACCGAAACAGAGCUCAUGCAACAGAUUAUUCAUGCGUCAUAUCUCGACCACUUGAAAUCGGGAUGCAAAAGCCCUAGACCAGCCUCGGCCAUAAAGAGCCAUAAGACUCUCUCGCCAACUCGUCAAGGAUAUCAAAUGAAGUUGAAGGGUCAAAGUCCUGCUACUUCACGUCAGUCUUCGUUCAAGAAAGAGCGCGUGGAAACAAAUAAGGCAGGCAGCAAAGAAGUCGGAUUGUACGAAGAACUUCUGGCAUUAGAGGCAAUCACGGGGUUUGGAUCGGAAGUCGAGGAGGUCGAUGAUGACGUUUUGACUCAAGCGCUUCUACUUUCUCGCGAGGAUUUUCUCCGUAAACAGGACCGAGAUUCUGAUCCUUCA